GUGGGGAGUUACCGAUCGACUAGCGAAUCACAUCCGCGUAUUCCAAUCGCAGGUGGAAUACACAGACUAAUUGCACUUUACCUGUUCGGAAUUGCGUUAAGAAGUCUUAUAACAUAUUGUUUUCUCUUUAAAUCUUUUUUACUGUGUUACUACAACAAUAACAAUAACCAGAACAAUAUUAAUAAUCGUAAUAAUAAAAAGUUAAACUAAAAAAUAAUAAAAUUGUUUUUAAUUGUUAUUAUUAAUAUAAACUUUGUUUCGUUAAACUAAUAUUUAUUUUUUAUUUUUAUUUAAACAAUGAGACGUGGGUCAGUAAAUACGUGGGAGUCUUUUGGUAGACGUAAUUCUGAUAAUAUGGCGCAAUUUUCAAGUAAUCGUCAUGAAUUUAUGACAAGUGAGCCAGGAAUGAAUGGCAUUGAGUAUCAACGAGAAGGAGGAUUUUUUUUAUCACACAGAAAACUUGCUAUUGUUAUCACAUCUAUCUUCCUUUUGCUCGUGGCUGUUGGAUUUGUUGGAGCUUAUGCAGGAGCAUUUCCACGUAAAAAGAUAUUUGAUACAACGGCAUUGAUAUCUGAAGAUGAAGGUUCAGAGCCACCGGAUGCUGAAAAGUAUUCUCUCUCGACAUCCGUAUUUCCCUCGAGGUAUCUCGUAAAAUUGACGCCGAUUGUUGAAGAUAAUGAAGUUUCCCGAGUUCAGGGCCAAGUCAUUAUAGAGUUUCGGUACAAUGGAACUAUGGAUCUGAAGCACAUUGUCUUGAAUGCAAAACACAUGAACAUUACUAAGAUAAGGAUGUGGUCUCUUGAUAAAAAUAAAGAAAGAGUGGAAUCAGAACGAACAAUAAAUCCAAAUGAAUCUACGAACUCUACAAGUUCAACAGUUUCAACUACGGAUAUAAAUCAAACAGUUUUGAACGCUACUAAUACUACAGUGGAUUCCAUUCAGACUGCUGGGUUAAUCCAACCUGAUCAAAAACCCUCUUUGAACUCUGUACGAAACGUACGAUCUCUUGAUAAUGAAUCUAAUUCUCAAAGUAAUUUUUCGAGCAUAUCAAAUAGCUCAUUUACAUCAGAAGCACCUGAAAGUUUAUUUACUAAUACAACUUCAAUCCUAAAUGCUUCAAACGAUUCUAAACUGGCUAUUGAAGAGAUCAAUAUCUCUAAAAGUGACGUUGAUGAAGAGCACGAUAUCCUCACUAUUAUCCCAACCUCGGCCAUCAAGUCCGGAAACUAUUCCCUGGAAAUUAUCUAUGAAGCCCGCACUGACAAUCGGACAGUACUUGUCGCUAAUUUCAGUGAUGAAAUUAAUGAUCGAUGGCUAAUGGCUAGUAGAUUGAAGCCUAUUAAUGCUCGUCGGCUUUUUCCACUCUUUGAUGACGUAAGACUAAAAGCACGAUUCACUCUCUCAGUUGCUCAUCCAAUUGGAAUGACUUUACUUUCUAAUACUCCAGUUAAAUUUAAUGCCAGCAUACCAGAUAAUUGGGUCAUUGAUACAUUUGAAGAGACUCCACUUCUUUCUCCUCAUAGUGUGGCAUUAAUCCAAGGUCAUUUAUUAUCAGCCGGAAAUGUCAAUGUUAGUGAACCACCAAUUCCAGUUAACUUCUGGACUGAACUAGGAGUGAAUUUAAAACCAACUUAUUUACAAAAAAUGAUUAGUCAUGUAGUGAAAAAUUUUGAAGAAUUAUUUUCCAUGAAGUUUCCUAUGGCGAAGUUAGAUAUUGUUAGUGUUCCAUUUGCUGACAAUUCAGGAACUCCUGGAUUAAUUUCUAUCACGCAAAAUCUCUUUAAUGUGAGUGAUACAUCGCCUGGAGUGACUAGAUAUGAGACACUGAAAACGCUGAUUCGAUUGAUAGGUCGACAAUGGCUCGGGGGAUUAGUCAAUUCUCAAAACUGGACUGACGUUUGGAUUUUGGAGAGUUCAUUGAUUGAUCUUCAACAUUAUUUGGUUACAAAGAUAGACCCAGCUUUUAAUCACACGACAUUUUUAUUAGACGUUCAAUUGGAAGCUUUUGAAGCAGACGGUUACAGUGUAUCACAAUCAUUAAAAUCCAAAGUAAAUCCAGCUUAUUUAGAAGCUUUUCAUCCAGAGCAAUUAUAUCAUCGAGGUGCAUGUCUCUUACAUAUGUUGCAUGGCGUGUUGAGGCAAAAUGACUCUAGGACUGGCUACAGGAAGUUCGUUUCACGGUGGUCCAAUGGAAAUGCUGACGUGAGUUCAUUCCUCGAAGCAAUGACAAAUGAAUCAAAUCAUCAUCCACAACAAGUCAAUCUUGUCGAUUUCAUGGAAUCAUGGAUAAAUAGUCAUGGAUAUCCAGUGGUAUCAAUUAAACGUGAUUAUAAAACAGCGACUGCUAAAAUUACUCAAAGUCGUUUUAGGUUUGAUAAUCGUACAUUAGAUGAUCAAAAACCUUGGCAUAUACCAUUGACAUGGAUAACAAUUGAUAAAAAUUGGACAUCUCCAUCAUUCACUUGGAUGAAACCCGAUGAAAAAGAAAUGACAUUGAAUAAUGUAGGAGUAGAAGGAGAUGAAGAAUCGUGGGUAAUUUUUAAUGUUAAUUCUUUAGGAUACUUUAGAGUAAACUACGAUAGUAAGAAUUGGGAAUUGAUAGCAAAUGCUUUAGAAAACAAUCCCUCGAUAUUUCCUUCCUCGGUAAAAGCUUCUUUGGUCGACGAUGUUUUAAGUUUAGCUUUUGUGGGAUCUACGUCUUAUUCUACUGCCUUUAACGUUAUCAAUUAUUUGAAGAAUGAAAGCCAACCGGAGCCAUGGACCGCACUCAUGCGUCACGCGAUUAAACUAGAUCUUGUUUUAUAUGAUACUCCAGUUUAUCCCCACUAUCAAAAAUUUAUGAGGAAAUUAACGUCAAAUUUAUUUGAUGGAGUGGGCUCACAAGUUACUAAGGGAAGUAGAAUGACUUUGAUUGCACAUCAACUAGGUUCAACAUUUGAGAACCCUGCUCAUGUUGAAUGGGCAAAGAAUAGUUAUCAGCAUUUCAAAGACUCAAAUUCUUUAGAAUUAAAAUAUGAAGUGCCUUCAUAUCUGCGUGAGACACUUCUCUGUACUUUUGCUAAGCUUGAAGAUCAGCUGGGUUGGGAAUGGUGGCGUGAGAAAUUAGGUAACAUCACAAAACGUGAUACUGACAGAAAUUCAUUCUUGUCGUCUUUGGCUUGCUUCCAAGUACCUUGGAUCUUACAAGCAGUUUUAAAUGAAAUUGUUAGAGGAGACUUAAUCGAAGCACAGGAUGCUAUAAUUAUUCUUCGUGCAUUUGAUGAUCAUCCAGUAUCUGCUCAGGUGGCAUUUAAUUUUGUACAAAAAAAUUGGGCAGAAAUAUUGAAAAAAUUCCGAAGGUCGUAUCCGGUACUCAGAGCAUUUGUUAGUUCAGUAGGUAGCGGGUUUACUAACAAUAAGGAUCUUAUUGAUUUUCAAAAUUUCCGAGAUGGUAAUUACGAAAGUCUCAAACCUGUUGGCUACAUCACAGCAUUCGUAGAAGCCAAAGGUACAUCAUGGAUAUCAUUUUUGAAUCAUUCACUUUCUGAUUUUGAAAACACUAUCAAUAGGUUAAAAGAUUGAUCAUAAGAAAAAUUUUAUAAAAAUGAUUAUAACGUACUUAGUCGGUACUUACUCGAUUUAAUGAACAAUGAAAAUAUUCUUCAUUAAAAUAUUGUAAGAUUUACGAAAAAAGUUAAUUGCCACAAGUAAUAAAUAUUUGAAUUAUUGUUGAUUUAGAUUUCGAAAUAGAGUAAGAAAACUUAGUCAUGUAUCAAUAGAUUCAAUUUUAACGAGAUUUUUAAAUUUAUGAUUUGAAUUUUUUUAUGAAUUUUAUCUUUAAGAAUUGUCGCACAAGUUCAUAUUUUGAAAAUCUUUAAAUUAAUUGUCAUGCUUGUGGAAAAAAAUGUGAAGCUUGAGGAAAAUUUAUAGAAAUUAAAAGUAUUUCAAAUUUUUUGAAAUUGUGUAGAUACUUCAAAUCAUAGGGUAUGAUAAAAGCCUCAAUUAUUGACGUUACUUUAAGUACAUUAGAGAUUAUAGUUUAUUUAUUAUAUUUAAUAUUAAAAAUAGGUACAAUUUUUGAACGCUUUGUCUUAUUUGAUGCUUCUACUGAUUAAAUCGAUCGUUUUUACUGUUAAUGAAUAAAAUUUUUAAAUAAGUAUAUAGAGCAUUUUCAAUAUCAUCACUCAAAUAGUAAGGCCUAAAAGCGGGACUUUGUAUAUUUUUACUCAAACGAGAUGAUUUUCAUCAAUCCGCCGUUAAACUAUAAAUAGUUUGCGCGGGAUUAUUAAUGGAAUUUCCGGAGAGGAAAGUACGACGGGCCCACGCUUGGCCCAAGUAUGUAGAAUCGGGCCAAGGUUGUAAGCCAACCUUGACCCAGCCUUGGUAGAAGUCUGGAAUGAUAACACAGGGCCAGUCCUGGUUGCUUGACCUGACCCAUGCUUGGUUGCCAAACCUGACCCAUGCUUGGUCGCCAAACCUGGUCCAUGCUUGGUUGCCAAACCUGGCCCAUGCUUGGUUGCCAAACCUGACCCAUGCUUCAUUGCCAGUCUUGGCCCAAGCCCGGGUAAUCAUUGUAACGGCCAGGAGUGAGUAUCAAAUCUUGAGCCAAGCAUGGGCCAAUAUAGGUGUGCCAAAGCUAGGUUCCCCAGUGCUGGGCCACCCUAGCGGAUCCAAAUUACGGUAAUUUACUGUAGUUUGCGGGAUUUUACCGUAAUUUGUCGUGAUUUAUCUAAAUUACGGCAUUUUACCGCAAAAAUCUUUUCUCUAUUAAAUUAUAUUUUUAAUGAUAGAUGAUAUCGCCUUUUUUAUUUAUCAGGUUCAAUGUUACAUAUUUAACAAAUUUUAAGAUAUACAUAUUAAUUGCAGAUUCUAACGAUAAUUAUAAUAAUAAUAGUAAUAAUAAUAUACUCAUUGUUCAAAAUAUAAAAUAAUUAUUUAAUUUAUCCGUUAUAAAUGAUAAAAUAUCUCGGUUGAUAAUUGAUACUGUUACAACAAUAUUGUAAAUGUCAAUAAUAAUUAUUUGUAAUAGGUAACAAGAAUAAAACAAAUAAUAAUAAUAAUAUCUCUAAGUUUUAGCUGUAAUACAUAUGGAUGUGUUUUUUUUUUUU